GAGUCUAAGAGGACCGAGGGACGUCGCAGUUGGCAAGUAGUAAACAAGCAGCCGCAGAGCAUUGACCCUGCGACCUGUCAACCAUUAGAGGCCGAUUGAGAGACGUGAGGGAAAGAAAACUCGUUCCUACCCUAAUCGGCUUCUCCCCCCUCCUCUCUUCUAGUUGUCUCUCCCUCUUCUGCUGCGCCUGGAGAAAGAUCCGGAGAAGUAAACAAGAGGAGAAGCGUCGAGUCCUUGAUUGAGCAACCUUUCCGUCCUCUUCCCGGAAGCAGAGAAGAGAAAUUGGGAGAUGGCAGACGCGAUGAAGCAGAUCCUGACCAAGCCAAUCCAGCUGGCGGACCAAGUAAGUAAGUGGGCGGGCGACGCCCAGACGAACAAGCAGGAGUGCUUGGAGCUGAAGGCCCGGGCGGACAAACUCGCGGCCUUACUCCGGCAGGCCGCCCGCACCGAGCUCUACGAGCGCCCUGCCCGCCGCAUCAUGGACGAUACAGAGCAGGUCCUCGGCAAGGCCCUGGCCCUCGUCGACCGAUGCCGCAACCGCAGCCUCGUGCACCGCGUCUUCAGCAUCACGCCCGGCGCCGCCUUCGUCAAGAUGUGCACCCAAAUCGACAAUUCCGUCGCCGAUGUCUCCUGGCUCCUCCGCGUCUCCGCGCCGGCUGGGGACGACGACGACGAUGGCGGCCUGCUCCACGGCCUGUGCCCCAUCGCCCAGAACGAGCCCAUCCUCACCCUCAUCUGGAGCAACAUCGCCACGCUCCACACCGGUCAACCUGACGCCCGAUCCGAGGCGGCGGCCGCACUCGUCUCCCUCGCCCGCGACAACCAGCACUUCGCCAAGCUCAUCAUCGAGGAGGACGGCGUCGCUCCCCUCCUACGACUCCUGAAGGAUGGCAAGGCCGAGGGGCAAGAGAACGCCGCCCGCGCCCUCGGCCUCCUCGGCCGCGAUUCGGAGAGCGUCGACUACCUCGUGGCCGCUGGGGUCUGCUCCGCGUUUGCCAAGGUCCUCAAGGACGGACCCAUGAAGGUCCAGGCCGUUGUCGCGUGGGCUGUCGCCGAGCUCGCCGCCAACAAUCCCAAUUGCCAGGACGUCUUCUCUAAGAACAACGUUGUCCGCCUUCUCGUCGGCCACCUCGCCUUCGAGACCGUCGAAGAGCACAGCAAAUACUCCGUGUCGUCCAAGGCGAUGUCCAUCCACUCCGUCGUCCUCGCCAACAAGGCCGCCGCGUCUGCUUCCCCCCUCGACGACGGCAACGAACGGACUCCGUUCCCGCAUCCUGACCGUGCACAAGGCCAGUCCAAAAGCAAUCAAUUCCAUUCCGUAGUGCAAUCCACAGUGGCCUCCGCCAAGUCCAGCAAAGCCGCCCAGAACCAAAACAGCACCAGCACCGGUAGCGCAACCGUGCCCUGGAAGCCCCAUCAGCAUUCUUUGUCGGGGUCCGGCAACAGGGCGAGGGAAAUGGAGGACCCCAGCACCAAAGCCAACAUGAAGGCCAUGGCGGCCAAGGCCCUGUGGCAGCUCGCCAAGGGCAACGCCGACAUCUGCAGGAUCAUCACCGAGUCCCGGGCCCUCCUCUGCUUCGCGGUGCUCCUGGAGAAAGGCGCAGGAGAUGUUCGAUGCAAUUCUGCAAUGGCAUUGAUGGAAAUCGCUCGCGUGGCCGAGCACAGUGCGGACCUGCGGAGGUCCGCGUUCAAGCCCAAUUCCCCGGCAUCCAAGGCGGUCAUCGACCAGUUUCUGCAAAUCGUCGAGAAGGGGGAUUACAACGACCUGCUCUUACCCAGCGUCACGGCGUUGGGCUGCUUGUCGAGGACGUUCCGAGCGACCGAGACGCGGAUCAUCGCUCCUCUGGUCCGCUUGCUCGACGAGAAGGAGAUGGCUGUCAUGAGAGAGUCAGUGAUCGCGCUCACCAAGUUUGCUUGCACCGAGAAUUAUCUGAACAUUAACCAUUCCCAGGCUAUCAUCGACGCCGGAGGUGCGAGGCACCUGAUCCAGCUAGUGUACCUGGGAGAGCAGGUGCAGAUCGAGGCUUUGAUCCUCCUGUGCUACAUUGCCAAGCAUGUGCCUGACAGCCAGGAACUCGCGGACGCCCAGGUGCUCAACACGCUUUCCUGGGCUUCCAAGCAGGCGCACCUGGUGCAGGACUUGCGGGUGGACGAACUGUUGCCGGAGGCCAUGACCGGAUUGGAGCUCUACCAGUCCCGAAAGCUCUAACUGUGAUCCUGAUCCCCGAUCUACAACCAAGAAAGACCAAGUUCUCUCUGAUUCAUUUGCUGCCCAGUGUGUGCAUACAUCAAAUUUCUCUUCCUUCCUUUCCUAGAAAGAUGUGUGAGGUUUCAGCAAGACAUCUGCAGCUGUAGUGUGAUCACGGGGAGUGUCGAGAUCUUAGAGAUGUACACAGAGCAUUCUCAAGUGUCUGCUGUUUUUAUGUAUCGUUUCGAUCAUUGUCACUUGGUUUUCGGAGAUAUAGUUGCAUUCUUUCA